AUGAAACGUUUGAAGCAGCAGCUCAACUCAGAUCAUAUACCAGUUGAUCUACUUAUAGAUAUACUCUCUCUACUCCCUAGAAAGUCUAUAGAUAGGUUUCGUUGCGUAUGGAAAUUCUGGGGUAACAUACUCCGUCGUCCUGAUUUCACAGAGCUGUUUCUGACCAAGUCGUCCACUCGUCCACGGAUCCUUUUCACCUUCAAAGUUGAAGGCAAGUUAUUUUUCUACUCUUCACCUCAGCCUGAAAAUCCAGAUGAUAACUCUACUCUUGUUGCCACACGUUAUCAUACGUCUUUUCCCGAAUAUGUUCCAUCAUAUAGGUGUUCUACGGUCUGUGGAUUGGUCCUGUUUUACAAAGCCGGGAAAAGAAAAGUGAGUGUGAUUUGUAACCCUGUCACGGGAGAGUUCCUUACCUUACCCAAAGUGCUUAUAAAAAACAAAACAUUACCUGAAGCCAAAGCUAUUUCACGAGUCUGUCUUGGCUAUGAUCGGAUCAGCAAACAGUUCAAAGUGUUGUGUGUGAUCUCGUCAGGUUGUGAAAGACCCAAUACUCUCCAGGUUUUGACAUUGGAGUCUGGAAAACUUUUGUGGAGAAGGAUCCAAUGCGAGUUCCAUUUUAUGAAGAUUAGUAGUAUAAGAGGUGAAGUAUGCAUAAAUGGUGUUUUGUAUUUCGGAGCUAGGUUGGGACUAUCUUCUGUGGUAGUUUGCUUCAACGUUAUGUCUGAGAAAUUCGGCUUUAUUAACUUCGAUAAAGACAUGAAAGGAGAGGAUGAUGAUUCUUAUCUUCAUGGUCGUCUGGCUUUGUUCAACUACAAAGGUAAAUUAGGUAUACGUGAGGCAACAGAUUAUUUUGAUGAGGAACUUGUGUUGUGGGUUCUAGAAGAUGCUGGAAAUCACAAAUGGUCUAAGCAGGCCUACGAAUUGCCUCCUUUAGUCAGACAUGAACGGUUUGUUGGAAUGACUGGUACAGGUGACAUCGUGUUCAUGCCGCCGUUCCCGGGCUUCUUCCGACUAAAGAUUAACUGUCUUUACUUCUACAAUCUCAAGAGGAAAACCGUUGCAAGAGUCAAUAUUCAGGGAUUUGAAGAGUUUAAGGAUUAUAGAACUUUUGACACCUUUCUAGGCUACGUGGAGAAUCUGAAGUUUACGUAG